AUGGCCAGAUUGCACGAGUGGAGGGAGGACCUUCACAUGCAAGAGGCCCAAGCCCCUUCUGCUCCAGAGUUCCGUAUCUCUGGCACUAUCAUUGUAGGCAUUGACCUCAGUGCUAGUUUUAUAGGCUUUCCCUGCUUACUCGGUACUGCAGCUCCUCUGGGAUUUCGUAUACGCGAUUCAAUCCUGGAGAUCCGACUACGCCUCGAUGUUAUGCCCAUACUGCAAACGUUUGUGGCGUCUCUGGAUCAAGAGUCGACAGACUAUCUCAGUCUUCUCUGGUCCAACUUUCGUGAAAGCCUUCGAUGCUCUAUGUAUGAUUUCGAGUACAAUAUUGCCAUAACAGUUCCAAGCGUUUGGCCCGUCUAUGCGCGCAAAAAGAUGUUUCAGGUCAUCCGUAAAGCAAAUAUCCUCUCCGAUAAUGUUCAUCUGAUUUCCAAGUUCAUUCCAGAUAUAGAGGCUGCUUCCAUUGCCCUUGUAUUAGACCUGAUCAAGCCAUUGGAUCGCAUGCAACCAAUCCUUCGGGGAGGAAAUGUGGUUAUGAUUUGCGACUGCGGCGGCUUCACGACUGAGGCUGCUGCCUACGAGAUUCGCACAAUUCGACCCCUUGGUAUGAAACAGCUCACCCAAAGGGAGUGUAUUCUUGUCGGCGGAGCUUUAAUCGACAAUAACUUCAUGAACCUCCUCAAGACAAAGAUAGAGAGCAUCGGCCAGAUACAAAACGUCUGCCCUGUUUCCGAAAUCGACCUUGUUACAGGACAAUGCCUUCAUAUGAAAUCCCACUUUUGCGGUGAUCGUCAUGAAUGGACAAUUCACGUCCCUCGUCAGUUUGGCGGUGGUAAUGCCAUUCGGCUCAGCGCGUUUGAACUUGCGUUGGUCUUUGACCCCGUCGUUGACAAGAUAGUCAAUCUUGUUAGAUCGCAAGUCGUUAGUUUCAGAGGAUGUAUGAAUGGGCUGCAUGUCAUUAUAGCCGGCGGUUUUGGUCGCAGCCCUUAUGUUCAGACUCGAAUCAAGCAGGCUGUGCUUGAGCUCGUUCAAUCUCCCGCCAUUCACUGCUCGACGGGCGACCAGGCAUGUACUGCGGUAGCUCGAGGAGCUGUUCUCCGAGAGCUUCAGGAGUUCAGGCUGGCUUCGCCGGACCAUCUUGGGAAGAACUCACCAUACGUGAUUUCUCGCGUCAUUUAUACCAGCUAUGGCGUAGCUCCACAUCCUGGAAUCUAUUGGCUUGUGAAUGAGGGUGAAGAGUUGUCCGCAGUCGGUCCAAAUCGAAGGCAGCUGCCGCCGAGAGUCAUAUCGACAACCACUUCAGACAGCUGCGUGAGCAAUAUCAUCCAUGCUUGCUAUAAUUCAAGAGACGAUUUGCAGGAAAAGCCCCUCUGCACAAUCACCUGGCCUUCUACAGGUCCCAAGGCAGAAAUUGAACUCGAUUGUAAAUGGGAUGAUUCUGACAUGGAGGUUUCGGUCCUUCAUCGAGGUUGUGAACUUGACGGGGUUAGGAUCGAGUACGAUACAUCUGUCUGA